AUGUCUAGGACGAACCCCCUUCCUCUUGGUGCCCCAAUACGUGCCCGCACCGGUGUCGUCGCUCGUGGCUUCGACGCUGCGGGUAGUAACCGCACCCUCGACAGUAGUACCCCGUCCCGUGGAUUCGACGCCAGAAGGGCAAGCAGGAGCGCAGCAGCCGAAGCAGCAGCUCGUCGGGACGCAGCCACCAAAGGCGAGCAAGAGCACAAGAAACGGGCCCUAAAGGAAGAAGAAGCGCGGAAGGCGUGGGAUAAGAAGAAUAAGAACCUUAUCGCGAAGGAAAAGGUAGAGAGAGAGAAAAGGGAGAAGGAACGCGAGGAGAGGGAGAGAUUGGAGAGGGGAAGAGAGGCUAGAGAGCGGAGGGCGAGAGAGGACAAGGACAAAGCUGCGUUUGCUAGGGAGAAGGCGGCCGAGGCGGCGAAGAGAAGGGAUCAGGGGAGUAAGGACGCGCAGAUGCGGAGGGGGGAGCAGUUAAGGAGGGAGGAGGAGAGGAGGGAAAGAGAGAAGAGAGAACGUGAUAGGGAGAGGAGGGAGAAAGCGACUAGAGAGAGGGAGGAGUUGGAGAGGGCUGCAGAGGAGAAGUUGGCUAGGGAUAGGGAUGCCAGGGAUAGGAGGGAGAGAGAUGACAGGGUGAAGGCUGAAAAAGCUAGAGGAGCGGCUGCGGAGGCGGCAAGGAAGAAGGAUGAGGGUUCGAAGGGGAGACAGGAGAGGGAGGGAGAGAGACAGAGAGAGGAGGCGGCAAGAUGGGAGAGGGAGAAGGCUGACCGAAUUAGGGAAGCACGUGAAAGGGCUGCGGAGGAAAAGGAUAGGAUGGAGAGGGAGGGGGCGGAGAAGCUGGUCAGGGAUAGGGAAGGAAGAGAGAGAAGGGAGCGGGAAACAAGAGAGAAAACAAUGGGAGUUAGGAGCGCGGCAGCUGAGGCGGCAGAGAGGAGAACAGUUGAGGGGGAGAGGGCGAGGAGGGAUGAAGAAGCGAAGGCGAAGAAAGAUGCGAAGAUGAAGCCUAGCAAGGCGGUUUCUAAAGAUCUACUAAGCACCCCCAAACCUCCUACGAAAGAACCUGUUACGACGCAGAAGCAACCUGCUAAACCAGCCCUCAAAUCCGCGCCAGCCUCUAUGUCUGCCAAAAAUUCAAACGUCACUUUUGCCGAGCCAAAGCCAGCUGCGAAACAAGCACCCGUCAAACCAACACCCAAACAGCCAGAGCCCGAACCCGAACCCGAGCAACCUCUCAACCCCCGCGAAGCAGUCGCAGCUGCAGCGCGUCGGCGCGAAGAAGCAGCGCGAAAACAGCAAGCCGAGGACGAAAGAGAGGCCGCCAAAGCUGCGAAAGUCGCCAAAACAGCGAAACCUGCAGCGAAACCUGCUCCGAAAACCCCAACUGCGGCGUCCAAACCCGCUCCCUCGAAAUCCGUACCUGCGCCUAAGCCAGCACCUCCAAAGCAAGCAACUGCCAAAGAAAAACCUAAACAAACCACCAAAACAACCGCGCCACCACCGAAACCGAAAGUGGAUAAACCCCCUCCCUCUGAGCCUUCAAACCCUAGUUCUGCGGCAGCGGCAGCGGCAGCUGCGAGGAUGGAAGCUGCAGCGAAGCAGAAGCGCGAGGAUGAAAUAAGAGAGUUUGAGGAGGGGACUGGAAAACCGACUUGGGAUUUUGAAGGGCUGGAUGGGAAGGGCGGGGUGGCCUAUAUUGCUGGUGGCAGGGGAGGGGGGAAGAUGUAGGAUAACUGACGCGUGCUAGCCAGCUCUCUGGCCUAAACGGAAGUAGCACCCGAGAAACCCGCAAGAAGACGGGUGGUUGGACUAUCUUUGGAGCCGGGGAGGGUGCUCGGAACCUUCCUUUGGACAUCCCACAUUCCUCAGGGACAAACAAACCACCAACCACGUCGUAUCCCUACAACUGCAACCAAUCGACCCGGGAAUUCACAUCUCCCAGCGGAGUCUCAGCAGCUCUCCCCAAGUCACUCGCUUCCUCCCUCCGCGUCAAUCCACCGAUGAGCCCCGAAGCACUACUUGAAUGCCUUGAGGACGCGGCAGAGAGAGGGAUCCCGCUCAGUGAGCCGAGCUCGCGAAGUUUUGAGGCGCAUGAGAAGGAUGCUUAUGAGUUGCGCAAGGGAGUGACUGAGCGACGAGCGCCUAUUGGCAUUGCACACCCACCACCACGUCAGGUGCGUGGUUAUGUGGAAGUGGAUUGUGAGUACGAUGAUUAUGGACAUGAAUAUAGGCCAUUCCCGCGACUGAAGAGGAGACGCGAGGUCAUAGAUCUAGGCCCUCUUCCGCCGCGACCGUGGGAAGUAGAUGGGAUAGUGGAUACACGUAGCGGAGACGGGCAUAAAGGUAAGAACAAAGGGAAGGGGCAACGGAGAGGGAGUAGGUUUCUUGGGUGGUUUGGGUCUUGAGGCGGUUGAUAGUUUUGGGGGGAGAUCGAGACUGUGCGCUGAUUUUCACUGUUGAGAGGUGUGCCGCGAGGAAUUCAUAAUUGAGG